AUGAAUCAAGAUCAGUUUGAGAAGGAACUCGCCCGCCAACUCGAGAUCAAAGACCGAGCGCUGCAUCUUACCCGAUAUAAAAAUGGCAUAUCAAUCGACAGCAAAAAGGCGAGAUUCCCGGGUUUUCGCCAACAGAAGCGCCAUUUCAAGGCCGGACAGCAAGUUGAGCCGGGUGCGCUUCCUCUGAGUGAGGACCUGGUGAUGCAUGAGAGCGUGCCUACGCAGUUGGAUGAUGGCACGACGUUGUACAGUGAUAUUUUUGUCCCGGCAAGUUUCCAAGAUCUGGAGUCGAAAUACGCCGAUCCAGUACCAGCGCUGGUGGCAUGGAGUCCCUACGGAAAGCAAAAGGGCACACCGCUGCUGGACGAUUUCCCAUUCCGCGCUGGCGUCCCCGAAGAGCACCUCUCCGGCUUGCAGAAAUUCGAAGGCCCGGAUCCCGACUUUUGGUGCCCGCGAAAUUACGCAGUCAUCAACGUCGAUACGAGGGGUGCGUAUUCAUCCGAAGGCGAUCUCCUCAUCAUGGGUCACCAGGAGGCUCAGGACGGUGCCUCGUUCAUCACUUGGGUUUCGAAACAGCCCUGGUGUAACGGUAAAGUAGCUUUGACUGGGAACAGUUGGUUGGCCAUAGCCCAGUGGCGUAUCGGAAGUAUGCGUCCGCCGGGACUGGCUGCACUCGCCCCAUGGGAAGGCUUUUCCGACUUCUAUCGACACCACAUGUUUAGCGGCGGAAUUCUGUUUCCGGGGUUUCACGAAUCAAUCUCCAGUACUCUGGCGACGCAAGGAAAGCUCGAAGACAUCACCUCUCACGGUCGAGAGCAUCAGCUCUACGAUGCGUACUGGGAGGACAAGAUUGCUCACCCAGAGCGUAUCAACGUGCCAGUCUAUGCUGCUGCCUCAUGGACGAACCCUGUUCACACCCCGGGAACCUUCGAGGCAUGGGAAGCCGUCCCGGACACCGUUCCCAAGUGGCUCAGAGUCCACAACUCCCAAGAAUGGUCCGACUACUACGAGGAUUGCAACCAGAAAGACCUGCUCCGCUUCUUCGACCGUUACUUAAAGGACCAAAAUAACGACUGGGAGACCACGUCCAAAGUCCGUCUCAGCGUGCUUCAUUUCGGCUUGGUGAACCAACAGGAUACGGUAGGACGCCCAGAGGCCGACUUCCCUCUGGCGAGGACGCAAUACACCAAACUCUUUUUGCAGGAAGACAACACCCUGUCAGUCGAAGCGGAUGCCGCUGAAUCUGCGUUGCCCUAUGAUUCCCAAUCUGGAAAGCAGACUUUCCUCUACCAAUUCGACAAGGCCUGCGAGACGACUGGGUAUUUUUGCGCACAUCUUGUGAUGUCGUGUCCGGAGCAUACGGACAUGGAUGUCUUUGUACAAGUUGAGAAGUUGUCGGCUCUCAGGCAUCCCCAGGCUGUGCAGACGAUCAAGCCCCAGAACGUUGUAUUGCAACGACUUCUGAAGUUCAUGCACGAUUGGAACAUUCUACCUGGUGGUGCCGGCAUGGCCUUUCACCGGGGGCCCAGUGGAUGUCUGCGUGGCAGCUUUGCCUUGGGGCGCGACAAGCAGCGCAGUAAGGUUUACAAGCCGCAUUACACAUUCACGGAGAAGAAAAGCCUUAAGAAGGGCGAAAGGCGAGCCCUCGAUAUCCCGAUGAGCCCUAUUGGCAUGUUCUGGGAGAAGGCUGAUCAUCUUCGGCUGACAAUACAGGGCAGUGCGGUUGUCCCAUUUGCUUUGCCAGGGUUGGAGAUGCACUCUACCGACAACAAAGGCUUGCAUGUGGUUCACUGCGGCGGGGAUGGCAAGGAAAGUUCGCACCUGUUGAUGCCAAUUACGAGAAUGAGGUCCCCUCAUUUGUUCGCCUUCCUGGUGGGCUUCUUUGCGAUCCUAGCCAGUGCCAGCCCAAGUAUUUCGGAUUACCCGCCAUGCGCAGUGGCCUGUAUUAUCGAUGCGCUGCCUCAGUCGCCAUGUUCUGGGUUAAACCAGACCUGCCUCUGCGCCGACCCAGUCUUCAACGAGGAAGUAUCGGGUUGUGUGAAGCAAGGCUGCACCGUCAGCGAAGCUCUCAACGUCGCAAACAUGACUUGGGCGGACUGCGGCUUUCCGUUGACAGAUAAUACGGCUAUACCGCGAUACCUUACAGGAUUUCUCUUCAUAUUGCCCGUCGCUUUUAUAUCCAUUCGGUUACUAAACAAAGCCAUAAGCCCAUCUCCAUGGGGUGCUGAUGACGCCUGCGCCCUGGCUGGUUUCGUAAGUGGCCCGUACUCAGUCGUCAGUGUCGCUCACGAGACCAAUACCUUGCAGGCUUGUGCAGCAGCGAUGAUUCCCAUCGUCUAUCGACCCACUAUCAAAGCCUCCAUGUUGUUUUUCUAUCUUCGAGUAUUUCCAUCCCUUCCUUUCCGACGCCUCUUGUGGGCCACGCAAGGUUUCAACGCUUUGAUAUUCUUCUUGUACCUCGUUCUCACUUUUGCUCAAUGCCGUCCAUUGCAGAAAUAUUGGCUGGGAUGGUCUGGCGAUCAGCCAGGCGUUUGCAUGGAUUUCAACUUGCUGGUUCUGACACACGUUGGCUUCAACAUCGCUUUGGACAUCUGGAUGCUCAUCCUGCCGCUCACGCAGUUGUACAAAUUGAAACUGGGAUUGAAGAAGAAGGUUGGAGUGAUUAUGAUGUUUAGCGUGGGGUUUUUUCUCACUGCAGUCAGUGCCCUUAGAAUUCAAGUUGUGGCUCAUUUUGCGACUGCAAACAAUAUCACAUCCGAAGCGCUGUGGGUGUAUGUCUGGUCGCUGGCGGAACUCGAUGUGGGAGUGUUUGUGGCAUGUAUGCCUAGCGCAAGUCAACUCUGGAGGCGCGUGUUUUCAAAGACCGCAAAUCGUUCCAGUAUGUUACAUCAUGAAGAGCGAUCAAGGUCAUCAAAGAAACCACCGAACUCUGAAGACCUUUUGCUUCGGUCAACAGCAAACUCGUCUGUGGUCGAUCAGUCAUUCAAAUAG